AUGACAAAUUCCAUGAUAACCUUAAAGCUUUUGGUCAACAAACGCGAUCACAAAAUCAUGUUUGCUGAAGUCAACAAAGACUUUGUUGACUUCCUUUUUUACGUACUCACAUUACCAAUCGGUGCAAUCACAAAACUCUUUGCAAAAGAGCCCUUGUCGGGAAGCCUAGGGGACCUUUAUCAGAGCAUCGAGAAUCUAAACGACAUGUAUAUACUACAAAACAAGUCCAAAGAUACGGUUUUGAGCCCGAAAUCAUCAACUAAUGUUCCCGGUCAAGAUCUGCUUUCAAUUCCAAAAGAUCCCACGACAAACGACAGGAAAUUUUAUAGGUGUAUCCGUCAAUGUAAAUAUGUCACGGAUGACCCAAAGGUUGGGUGUCCUACAUGUCGAAGUGUUAUGUCAAGUGAGGUGGCCUAUGUCUCUAUGGAGCCGGCAAAUGUGGCUGUUGAGGAAGUUGGUUUUGUGAAAGGUGUGGUGACUUAUAUGGUUAUGGAUGAUCUGGUUGUAAAACCCAUGUCCACCAUCUCUACUAUAACUUUGCUCAACAAGUUAGAGUAUCAAAGAUGUUAG